AUGCCCAACCCGGUUAAGGAGGCUUCAUACCCUUUGGUUCCAUCAAAGAAGGACAAGGAGCGAUGCUUUGCUCGCUUCCUUGAUAUUUUCAAGAAGCUGAAGAUUACAAUUCCUUUUGGAGAAGCCUUGCAGCAAAUGUCACUUUAUACUAAGUUCUUGAAGGAUCUCCUUACCAAAAAGGGCAAAUACAUAAACAAUGAAAGUAUAGUGGUGGAAGGAAAUUGCAGUGCUAUUAUUCAAAGAAUUCUACCAUCAAAGUUCAAGGAUCCAGGCAGUGUAACUAUUCCAUGUUCAAUAGGGGUUGUGUCAGUGGGAAAAACACUGAUUGAUUUGGGAGCUAACAUCAAUUUGAUGCCACUUUCUAUGUGCAACAGAAUUGGGAAUUUGGAAAUCGCACCCAUAAGGAUGACACUUCAGGCUGCAGACCGCUUGAUCACACGACCUUAUGGCGUGGUGGAGGAUGUGUUAGUCAAAGCCUGA